AUUCUGUUCUAAUUUUCUUUCCCUACUGAAAAACGUGAUCAAUAAUAACUCAAGAUAUCGCAGUCGAGUCACUUCCUUCGGAGGGUCGCCAGUGGAAGGGGCUGACCUUAGCCCUCUUGAACACCACAGAGCGUGGGAAAAGGCAACAUCGGCGGUAAAAGAAAGUCAGAGAAUAGUUGAAGCUGGAGAGUCACUAAAAAGCAUCGGUUAAAAAUAAACCACUCGAAAGAUGAGCAGAGAACGAGGAAGAAAGAACAUGUGCUUAAGAUGUAGGAGUGGGGCUUUGUAGUUUGACGGAAGUUUGACGGAACACUUACCCAACCGUGCAAAUUGUGUGCAGUUUCGCGGUGUUUUGAAGCAACUGCCAUUCUGCGUAGUUACCUUACCGACAGCCUUUUCUGACACAAUAAGGCUGUCUAGAAAUGACCACAGGAGCAGCGCACUAGUACAGGUCUCCGAUGGAAGUUAGAACGGAAACUGAAACACACGAGCGACGGGAGACCGAGGUGGAACUGCAGACACGCUCCAAGAAAACAACCUCAUCGGAGCCGAUACCGCGGAUCGUAAAGGCGACUUUAUUAUCCGCUGACGGUAGUACAGAGGCGGUGGUGUUCCCAUCUAGCGGCGAGUCUGGUACUACAGCUUCGCAAGACAGCCGAGCAGGUGCCAACACAGACAAACAUCGGGCGGUGUGAACCGAGCUUGAACCGGUUCAUAUCAUCGUAAAGAAAACAGCGAUCCCUGCACGGACAGCUGAAUCGAACAACGCAAACAAUCAGCUGACGACGCCUUGGGGGAUCUGUACUAAAGUUCGCCUCCGUCAGCUUCACUCCAAGACUGUUGAAACAAUAACGUUACUGAUGAUUGUAUAGUCGAAAGAAAAAAAUGAUGACGUCAUCGACUGGUGAAAUCAGUCAGGCGGGAAUUAACAACAAGUUGAAGGAGAUUAUUCAUGAGAUAGAGCUUGAAGUGGGAAAAGACGCGGACAACACUGGACUGGCUUCAGCAGAAAAAGUGCAGAUAAAUCUCGAAACGGGCGCAUCGACGAAAGGAGCAGCACCUUCUUCAACUAGUCCUGGUGGUGGCAGUUUCAACUCAGCCUCCACACCGCUUGGUAGCAUUUCACCUUCAGAGACCAUUUCCAAACGGCCACAGGCUAGUGAAACUGCAGGGAAAGGGCAUUCAUCGCGUGUGCGCGUCAUCCCUGUUAGAAUCGUAGGCGUGGAAAGCGAAACAACGGACAGCUGCAGUGACGCCAGACGUUUUGUUCCGCGAGAGGAACGAGAUCCUGUGUUGCCGAAGGACAUGAGUGAGAUAUCAGCUGGUGGUUUUGGGGAAGAUGGAGAUCAUGCUACUCAUUCAGUGCCUGGGCAAACAUUGCAAGGAACUGGAGGUCACUAUCCUUCUGGGCAUUACGCGGAAGACGAGUUGAGCAAUCAUCAUCAGUUUCAUCAGUCUGCUACUGCGAUGCCGUAUAACCCAUCCCAUAUACGGACAGGUCAAUGGAAGUCAGCAAACCCGGCAAUGGAACAGACCUUCGUGAAGAGGGAGUUUCAAUGCAUGCCUGAAAGUGCAGACCGAGCCACGUUACAACACCACGGAGACGCCCCUGUUCUGGGACCUGCCGAUCACUUGGUUCAGACUUCUUCAGGAGAGGAAAGAAAACAUGACCAAUGUGCUACCAAUCGCGAGUCAACACCACAAGGCUGGUCAGAAAGAUCAAAGAGCGGAAGCCAAGUCUUACAGCGCAGAAGCAGCUUUGGUUCACACUCCAGCAUACCAAAGAAGGUACACUUUGCUGAGGAGCCAGAAGUGAAGAUAUACGAAACUGUGGAGGCCGAGUCAACUCCUGAAGACUUACUACCGCAAUUUAAUGUGGAUAAAAAUGAAGAAGAAGAGGAAGAACAGGAGGACAGCGACGAAGAUGACGGGGAGCUGAUUGUGCAUGAGCUGAAGGAAGACAUGUGGAAGGAAGAAGAUGUUGAAGGAUAUGGGGAAGCACAGGAUUCUGGACAGGAAGCGCAGAAGCAAGAUGACGUUGACACCGACCCGCGUUCGGUUCAAACCGAGCACUUGGUAGAAGAAGAUCAACGGAUCCAUGAUCAAUCAGGAAUCGAGAGAUUGAGCGAAAAGCUAGAUAAACAAGUAGAUCAGAGUGAGCAGAACGUGAAGGACAAGCAAGGAAUGUUGCACUGUGAUGGUAACAAUGAGUACGACAACCCACUCAUGACAAAUAGUGGCGAAGAAGACUUUUCAAUGCUAAACCCCGCAGAGUCAUCGCCCAUGGACCACCAAAGCUCGCAGUUGCCUAAUCCUCAGCCCUUGUCCCACCACCUUCCUCCUCUGAAAAAUGAAGCUGUUCCCUCGUACCCCCAGAUAUACCCCACUUUGCAACUUCCCGCUCCAGCUCCUGGACAGUCACCUUUCCGUCUGUUGCCUACCGCAGAGACGCGCCCUUUAAUGGAGCAUGUUGCAGAAGCUGGCUCCCAACCCAUUCAAAGAGCCACAGAAGCAGCUUCGUUCAUCGAACAACCCGACAUGCAGAUCAGUUCUUCGGAGGUGGGAGGAUCGCCUUCAGCUUACCCAGAGGCACAUUCCUCUGUUAUUUAUCCUCAACAGCCAGACCCUGCUUUCCAAACGCGAGAGUCGACUCAAGUGUCGUCAGCCACAAACAAACCAGACGCUGUGGGUUUCUCCCAGCAAUAUUCCUUCGCAACUGAACCUUCCAACUCCUCCACAUCUCUCUAUUCCGCUCCUACACAACUGUCUUUUUUUUUCUUUUUUUUUUCCCGGUUGAACGGUUUAUUUUCGUGCCACACCGCAACAUACAUUGUUCCUCUCCAAUGCGCAACAACACAACAAAGACGCCAAACACAGAACACUGACCCGUAUCCUUCCAUAUUGGCGCUCUGACCUACCCAAUGGACGACACAGGCGAACACUAUAUAAACAAGAAAACAAAACAAAAAGCGAGCAUUUGGUAUGAAGUUUUUUUCACUGUUGCACCAAAAUCAAUAGGUAGGUAUUGUUUGGAGGUUGAGCUGCAAAACAGUUUACAAUAAUAUUGAAACAUAUUGAAACAGGGCACCCGCUCGCACACAGCGCACGCCCGCCCCAGCCACCAGCGCCUACACCGGCGCCCGCGCGCGCCAAGAAGAGCGCGCGGCCGCGCCCGCGCAUGCACAAAUGCUGUAUGAUUGGGUGCAGUAUGUUUGAGUUUGUGAGCGUGCGCGUGUGUGUCUUGCAUAUACAUUAUUCAUACACUUAUAAGACAGUUAAACUGUACCACAAUGCAUGUUCACGAGCCAAUGCAUGGUUAAAAUGAAUAAAAAGUAUCUAAAGCCCGCCUGGCCAGGACGGGACGGUGUCUUAACCCAUAUGACAACCGUCCCGGCCCCGGGGAGGUCUAGAAGAUGCCUCCCCGACCGGGGAGGGCUAGGGGAUACCGCCCCGGUGUACCUCCAGGCGGGCCGGCCAGCCCCCACCCGCACCGCCCGGCGACCGACUCAUCCCGUCGGGCGGUGCUCCCUAGCCACCGACCGGGAGUGCGAGACGUCAUCCAGACCGGCUGGCGUCUCGCACGCCCGGCCAGCCGACCGACCCACAGGGGCCGGUCCCGGGUUGGCCCGGAUGGGUCAUAGGGGUGGGGGCCUCGGUAAAAACGACGCGAAUUAAAAAAGAAAAG